UAUCUGUCCUCUGUCUCGAAAAAAAAAAAAUGUGGAAAACCACAUCCCAGCACCGUCCCGCUGGAAAGCGACGCCGAACGGCGAGCGACUCGACCUGAAAAAGCCGACGGUUAUGGCACCUGGAACACUGGGGCCACCAACACUCAAGGUACCUACGCGACGAACGCGACGAGCUGGCAAGGCUAUGAAGGCUAUGACUAUUACAACACCCAAACCACCGCUGCUAACACAGCGGCCACGUACAACUACGCCGCUGCCAGCUCCAGCAGCUGGGAAACACCCAAAACGUCGGAUAUGAGCAUGAACGCCGACGUCGGCACCGCCAUGCCCGUUGCCUCGUACGGCGCCGAGACUUCAUCAAACGAGAACUCGGAUUCUAUCAUCGCCAAAAUCAACCAGCGUUUGGAUAUGUUGUCGAAGGAGGGCAGUGGCGGGACAGGGGAGGGGAUGGAAGACCAGGAGAGCUCUUUCAGAUUUGAGUCUUUCGAAUCCUACGACUCGAGGUCUUCGAUGAACGACCGCGACGUCUAUCGAUCGGGCUACGAUUACGGCGAAGUCGGCGCCGAUCGGAACGAUUCCUUCGGCAGCCCGUUCGAUAACCGCAGGGAUCAAGCCCGUAACCGAGGAAACAACUACGGCCUCAUCCGGGGACGGGGCCAAAACCGCGUGCAGAAUCGGGGGCGUCUGAACGCUUUCAACCGCGCUGACCACUUCAUGCCCUCCUCCAGCUCCGAGCGCCUCUCGGCUCGUUGGAAUGAGUUGAACUACAUGGGUGGGCGCGGGAUGGGGGGUGCCGGAUCCAACAGGCUCCCUUCCCUCUUUUCCCAAGCCCUCGUUCCCGAUUACGGCGAUUACGGCGACUACGGAGAUUACGGCGACUACGGCGACUAUGGGGAUUACGGCGAUUACGGCGACUACGGGGAUUACGGCGACUACGGAGACUACGACUAUGGCAUGAUGGGGAUGUCGGGCAUGGGAAUGGGACGGUAUGGGAAUAUGCCCUACGGAAUGGGGAGGCAGCGCAACAGGGACAGGAUGGGUGCGGUGCCCUGGCACAUGAACGCGCUCAUGAAACCCCGACACCAGCCAAAUGAUUUUUUCUUUUGUGCAGCAGAUGAGGGCGAAGGAGAGGAAAAAUCAGGCGAUGAAGCCGACAAAGCAUCCGGAGAUGGCUGUGAAGAUGACGACGAGGAGGUGAAAAAGAAGAGGGAGAAACAGCGGAGAAGAGAUCGGAUGCGCGAUCGUGCUAUGGACAGAAUCCAGUUUGCCUGUUCCGUCUGCAAGUUCCGCAGUUUUGAGGAAGAGGAGAUCCAGAAACACCUCCAGAGCAAGUUUCACAAGGAGACUUUGCGAUACAUCGGGACCAAACUCCCGGAUAAAACGGUCGAGUUUCUGCAGGAAUACAUCGUCAACAGGAAUAAGAAAAUCGAGAAGCGACGCCAGGAGCUGACGGAGAAAGAGGGCACAAAACAGAAGCCGGAUCCUUUUAAAGGGAUCGGCCAAGAACACUUCUUCAAGAAGAUCGAGGCGGCUCACUGCAUGGCCUGCGACAUGUUAAUUCCGGCGCAGAACCACCUUCUCCAGAGGCACCUGCGCUCUGCCGAUCACAACAGAAACCGGAGGAUGGCGCGGAGCCAGAGAAACAGAAAGUAGCCUUGGAAAAAAAAAAAUAUAUAUAUAAAACCCAACGGAAAACAGGAACUGAACAUCCUGGAACUCCGGAAGCGAUAGCCCGGCAGCGGGAAAUUGUGGAUCGGUCUGAAAUUUCGGGGAUUUAAUGUUGAUUUGUUGCCUUCUGAGCAAAUAUUCCCGAGUUGGGAAAGGAAGGGAGCCGAGGGCGCGCGGGUUUUGGCGCCUUCGUUAGCGCGGGCUUA